AAAUCUCAAAUUCCUCUCAAGGCAUGCCAUUCUGCGCUGGGUUUGACCUCAGGUCUCUCUCUCGCGCGCGCGCCCUAUAGAUCCCUAAAUUUUCUCGUUUGGACCGUUAACACCAAACCCUAAAUCCCCUUUGAAAUUUUUUCUUGUAGAUUCUCUGUUUUCCAUCUCAAUUUCUCAUACCCUUGAAAAAAUUAUCAAACUUUUCAUCUGGGUCAUCUUCAACGAUGGGAAAGAACCAUGCUUACAAGGCUAUGCAGAAAGCCAGGGUGGGCUCGAGCUCCGCCGCUCCGGAGGAGAUCGAUGACGGCAUGGUGGAUGGUUCAUUUCAUACACCAGAGUGGCAUGCUGCUCGUUUGGCUAGCCUCAAGACUUCACACACCAUUACCUGGGAAGAAUUUAAGAAGAAGCAAAAGGAAGAAGAUAUGAUAAAGGGAAAACUUGAAGCAGAUACCGAUAGAAUGAUGCGUGAAUAUAGAGCUCAGUUGGACGCUGAAAGGGCACUAAAACUCUCCAAGGGAAGGAACCAUUCUAGUGAUAAAUCCAAAAAAGAUAAGGACAGAGAUUCGAAGAAAAAGAGGAGCAAAAAGAGAAAGCGUCCGAGAAGGAGAUCUUCUGAUUCAAGCUCCUCUGCCUCAUCAUCAAGCAGUGAUGAGGAGGAAUCUAGAAGAUCGAGAUCGAGUUCUAAAAGAUCAAGAAAGGAGAAGAGACACAAGUCGAGAGACAAACGGUCCAGCAAAAGCAAAGAAGAGGCUGAUGGUCCAGUACCGCUCUCAAGAUUCUUUGGCAAUAUGAAGAGUUGACAAAACCCGACAACUAAACAAGACCGGAAGUGUCUUCUCCGUUACUGAAAUUGUUGCCCCCAGGAUAAGUCUGCUUCCUCCUCGUCUCAUCACUCCAACGAUUACAGCUGAUGAUGAUGAUGAUGAUGAUGAUGAUCUUCCUCCUCAUUAGCCUGUAUGAUUUCAGCAUGGAUUCAGACUAUUCCCCUGCAAAUUUAAUAGGCUUCUUUGGAUUUUCUUGAGCUAUAAGGAUCGUGUAAUUGAUUAUGAAUUUGUGACCUUCGAAGUUGCUCAAUCAGUGUUCAAAAUAAUCAAAUGACGUUUGACUGGUUGA